CAAGACGGAUAAUCAGAUGACCAGGCCGGCAGUAGCAGCCAUCAGCCAUACACAAUACACCAUUAGGGAUUACCACUCCUGUCCAUUGAAAACUCAUUACACUUUUAAGAGGGAUACUUUUCACCAGGUAAACUUUGAUUAUAACUGCCGUAUUAUUCUCCUUGAUAUACUUAUACCGCUACAUGAAUAUCACUGUGCAAACCCCAUCUUUAUUUAGUCACUUAAAAUCAAACGACCACAUCGCUCAAGCCGACAUUGAUAUCGCUCUUACAAAUAAUGCGGUGAUAUGAUUUAUAUAUUGACGACGACAUUCAUACCCUGCAAAUUGUAUUGGAAGCUCAGUACGCCGUACAAAUCGUGUAGUGUGUGUGGAUAAUACGUCUCGAGUGCGCACUCUUGUGGCACCUGUUGAUCUCCACUCCAUUUUAUUAUGAAUUAAAUCUUUUGUCCGGCCAGGGAAGUUUUUAAAUUCCCUUCUGAAUUUUACAUUAACCAUAAGUUUACUUUUUCCCAGCUUGACUAAACAUCGUCGUCAUCAAAGACGCUUUACUAGAAAUCGAAGUGUCCAACGUCAUUUAUGAUAUGGCGAUUGGUCAGUAGCGCACACAGCGCGCCUGUACAUGUGGGAAGUUUGUGAUUUAUGGCGCAGACAGUUUAUCCUGAACAAUUUCGAAGUCUUAUUCCCCAUCCGGCAUCCUCAUUUUUAACCGCCAUGAACAGAGCACCGAGCUUUUAAUUGAUAACUUGCUGGGCAAGGGCGAUAUGAAGGACGGUCAAAAAUGCUCCAACGCCGUCGUCUGCGGCCCAACCUUUCCCGCGUCGGCGGCAGCAGCUGCGGCUGCCAUGGAUCUUAAGUUGUUUGGAUUGCCAGCACGAAAUAUGGAAAUACACGGGGACACUUCGCGCUUCUUAUCAUCGAUAGCCUCUCCUUUUUUCCCUAAUCCUUGUAUGCCAUUCUUACCCACGACUGCCGCUAUGCAUAAUCUUAUGCACUCAAUGAGGAUGGAUCCACAUGCUCAGACUUUCCAAGGAUACGGUUACAAAGGAAGUUUACACGCGCCGUUACCAAACAUGCACCCAUUCUUCCAGCCUUCGCGGCAGCUGCACAAACGCAAAGGUGGACAAGUGCGUUUCUCUAACGAUCAGACGGUGGAGUUGGAGAAAAAGUUCAAAAACCAAAAAUACCUCACCCCGCCUGAGCGGAAAAAGCUAGCCAAAUCCUUGAGCCUUUCAGAGCGGCAAAUUAAGACAUGGUUUCAGAAUCGUCGCGCAAAGUGGCGGCGCUUAAAGCAUGAUGGUGAACAGGAACCGCCAGAUUCACCCAGCGGAAAUUCCGGCCGCAGUAAUAAAACAUUACCGGCACAUUAUGUUGACAAAAUGUCACCAACAAGUAGCCGCAGCCAUUCUGACGACAGAUCAAAAGAAACGCGUACAAAAGACUCCAUAUUAACAGUAGUGCCGUCGUCAGCGGAAAGCAGUAGCAAUUUCCAGCGAAUUGGCGCGAUAAAAACAGCAACGAAAUCACAUGACAAUAGACCAACCAGCUCAGCAAGUUUGACGAGCGAUGCUGGACAGGAAAUCUGUAAUUCAGACUCGGAUUCGGUUAGCAGUGGUGACAAUCAAGACGAUGAUGUUGUUGACGUUGACGGUUUCAAUGGCGAUAAUUGAUCUGAUUGAUUUGCCGUCCUUCUUUUUCACCGUCGCUGCACUAUUACUGUUUUAUCAAAUACCGUGCUGGCCGGCUGUACUGUAUGGUGUAUGUGUAAUUUGGCACUCAUUUCUACUGACAUAUUCAAGUUCAUUCUGAGAUGAUUAACCUGUAAACAGACAUAUCAUCCUUAAUCGCUCUCCGCUAAAUCCUGCUGCGGUAUGCGAAAUGCGGUCAAUCUGUCUGAAUAUGGAUGAUCAAUAUUGUAUCUCCGAGAGCGUCUUUUCGCACGGCUGCCAAAAUUGCUCUUCGAGUGCCAUACAGAUGAAUUUUCGGUUAUAUUGAAUGGUAGCGAUAUGAAUAUUUUUGUUUUUGC